GUUGGAUGUAGCUACAGUGCUUAGUAGUUCUCGUGUCACUGCUCCGUGCCAUUCUUUAUAGGCAUUUUACAGUAUUAUGGAUUGUUCUUUUUUUAUUUUUUAUUUCUUAUUUCUUAUUUGUGUGUCCUUUUUUAAAACAUUUGAACUAGUGCUGUUGGUUCAUUUUGGUUAUUUGUUCUUACCAUCCCCUCUUGAUGCUUGUUUGUACCCCCCUCUGUUUUCCUGCUUAUCCAGAGACAGGCAGUACCAACCAUGGUGCAAGUGUUCUAAUUGCUUUUCCCUCAGCAAUGGGGAAAAACAGGAGUCGUCUCUUUCCCAGCUGCUCUGCUGCCUUUCCUGUUCUCCACGUUUUCUCUUACGACUGGAAAUUGUACAGUGUCCCACCUGCUUCAGCCAGUCCUUCCUUUCUGUUUAGUAGCAUCCAGUUUUUCUAAAUUCCUUUAAAUUUGAUGAUUUUUCUGAUAUCCCGAGAUGACCUGUGGGUCAGCCAGCACCCUGCUGCCUCCUUUUCCUAGGUGCAGAGCUCUUUGUUCAGUUUUGUAACAAUUUCUAUGUGGUUGAAAACGUGUAACGCAUUUUAAAUUUUGCAUAAAACAGAUGGCUAGUGGCACCAAGUCCAGAUUUGGUAGUAAAACAAGCCUGGGGCAGUAGUAAAACAUUCAUAUAUUUAGCAUUAGCCAGUCCUUUGGAAGGUCAGAUGAAAGCCUUUUAUAUUGGCUGGAUGAGCCAGAAGGUAGUGUUUUCUUAUGGUGAAGCAUUGAGGUGUGGACUGUUGCUUUUCCAGUUGCUCAGUGAGAACAUUUACCCACUGCAGGAGCAAGCAGGACACUUGAAUUCAGUAACUUUGGAGAGUGAGUCAGAAACUCAAAACAUUUUUAAUGUAUGUCACUUCUUAGUCUUCUUGCAAUGUUGCUUUAGGACUUAAUAUUGCAGAAAACUUGGGUAUGGUAUGCUAAAGCAGUGGCAAAUGUUGUAGUGUUAAUUCUGGGAGUGUGUCAGUGGUUACAGGGUGUCACUACCCAUUUGUCCCCAGCAGCGUGACACUCAACUGACACUGGCUUCCCUGGAACCCUGUAAAUACAGAUGCCUCUGCUGUCAUUGUCAGUGAUAGCAUUGUCUACUUUUACUCAUGCCCAGUUGUUUUUUUUUUCACACACAUGCCAUAGGCUGCAAUUAAAUUUUUGCCUUCAACUGUGGACAUGAGCAGUAAGGUGAAACCCAGGUAGCAAUAAAAAUGGUUAGGUUAAAUUUUACCAAGUGAACUGAUGGUCUCUUUGGUUCUUAAAAAUUGCAUGUACAAGCCAGUGAUAUACAUGUACAAUAUGAUGAUUGGAAAGAAAAAGUGUUGUUUUUAUAGUAUCAAAAAAGAUCCUGUUUGGGUUCUUUCAUAUGUCUUCUAAAGAUAGUCUGCCAAAGACUCUGAAGUAUCACAUAAACAUUCACCAAACUCCGGUGCUACUAAAGUGAAUGAAGUCUUCCAAGGAAGCAUUUUGGGGCAGAAAGAGGUCUAUAAGUCUUAUGGUACAUCUUUGGGAUCAGACUUCUUCAAGAACAGAAGUUUCCCAAGAGCAGGUCCAUUGGUGAUAAACCAGUUGAUUGCUUCAGGGGGUUCUGUAGGAGCUGAAGGUACCAAGAAAACAAAUGUAGUAGUUGUAAAGGUUUUUACUAUCCCUGACUUACAUCUGGAACCAAUAAUCCGUAGUGUAGGAGCAAACCCAGAAACAAUGCAAGAAAGCUCCAACCUGACAUAAUCUCCUGGGAGGUUACUGUGAGUUUGGAACAUUCUCAAAGAAAUGUUUGGCAGAGGAAUUAAAGACGGUUGAAAUAAGUUUUAUGUUGUGUCUCCUGAAACAGAAAUUAAUUCAACAUACUUAAAUUACCCCUUCAGACCUCAGACCAUAUAUCAGUAUGUAAUUCUGUUUUUUUUUCUACCCUUUGUUCUCCCCACCUCCCACCCUUGUCUGAGAUGUUGCCAGAGAUUCCAGCUAGGUAUGUGAAGUUGUUGUGAAAUAUGGGUUCACAUACCUGAAUUGAUAAAAAUACUUAACACAUUAAGUCAACGAAGCUCCUCCAUAAGAGGUUUUAAAAGUGAAGAAGUGAUUGUCAAGGAAAAUUAUGCGGUUAACUUCUAGAGGAUUUGAAAAAUUCACUUAAAUGCUUUGGUGUGUUUUUAGUUAGGUUAUAGCCACAGUUUUGUCAGGUUGUUCAUGCAAGCCGCUGGACAUUUGGGCAUAAACGAGAAGAGCUUUGUGUUCUGUAGAAGAAAGCAGAGUAUUUUCAGUACAGAAAGAGGUAAGCUGAUCUGGUGGCCCCUGGUACAUGGGUAGAACUGCAGCCAGAAGCUGUACGUGAUUAUGGUGAGGAAGCUGGAGCAGAAGCAUUGCCAAUCACAACGUAGUUCAAUUGCAGUGCUGCUAAUUGUGCUGUGGUCAGGAGUUGGUGCAGUCUGAUAUUUGAAUCAAUUGUUACAAGAUAUUAAACGUUCACAUACUGAGAAAAUUCCACGGACAUUGAAAAAAAUUUCUUUUAUUGUAUUUGAGCUCUUGGCAACCCAAGUAAAAUGAAUAUCCAAAAGUUAAAGGCUUGAGAGAUCUUACUGUACAGAGGAUAAUAGUAAGACAUUUGGUAAUGGUUGGGGAGGAAGGAAUGGCUUCUUGAGGAGGGCUUUUAGAACAGUUACACAUGCUAGAUUACCAGUGGUUUGCAGCCCACAUGAGUGAGAUUUGGACAGCCAAGUUCUUGGUCCUCCAUAGCCUAUCAGUUGUUACAAUACCUGCAGUGCUUUCCACCAAAAAUUUGAAAGCUGCCUCCUUAGUUACCUCUGCUCAGCCUGAGAUUUUACCCUUCAGUAGUUUUUGCAGAGAAGUCCUCUGAGGAGGAGAGAAGUCUUCUAAAUCGUUUUAGAAGGCUGGUUCUGGCCUCCCUAACUGAGUAUCUGUAAGGGUUGUAUUUUGCAGUUCUGCCUAGAGUUUGCAGACAGGGUCAGAAGUUUAUUAAACUCUUCCUUUUUCAGUCCCACGCGUUGAAGAAAAGGAUCCUUUGCAUUGAACAAGCAUAGAUGGGAGACAGAUAGGGAAAAGCAGCAGGGAUUGAUGCAGCAGAACAGCAUGGGAGGCAGGUGCAUUUGUAGCUUUUAUUUUUCUGAAGGUAAACCACAUUCAUUACCAAUGACUAUGUGUUCAAAUCAGUACCUUUACUACAAUAUUGAUGUACCUAAACAACGUAGUCAAGAGAUUUUUUUUGACAGUUACAGGAAUAAGGACACCUCUGAAACUUGUUUUGUUCUGUGUUUUCUUUCAAUUGCUUUUUUGGCUUCAGGUGUUGUCAGUCUGAAAUAAUGAAUUAAGUUUUGUAUAGCCUACUUGCUGCCCAGUUUUGGUGUUAAUCUCAGCUCUGUUUAUCCUGCAAACAAGCAGGUCCUGUUUAAGUAUUUACAGUGUGCUGAAAUGUCAGAUACUUUAUUUCUUAGGAUGUCCAAAUAUGAAAAAUUACUAUGCAACAGAACAGCCUUCAGAACAGUUGUGUUCACAUCGCGCUCGGAUCAUGACCAGCACAUGAGAGAUGUGAUAUUUUGCUAGGAGACGAGGUAGCCAAGAACCAGGCAGUCAUUGAUGAGAACAUAAAUAUAACAAUCUGAAUCAGGGCAGUUGUGUAGGCAGGAAGUUUUCAGCUUUUCUCUUUCUGAUAAGUUUGAAAACUUGUGAUUGUGGCACCAUCGUGUCACCAGCUUCAAAUAGUGGGAUCCAAGUAUCAUACAUGGGAGACAACACCCUUAUAAGUGUCGAGUUCUCCUUCACUGUUGCUUCCAGUACCAUCAUUAAAAGGAACCAAGUGUCUGGUUUCUGCCAUAGUUAUCAUUUCUGGUUUUUUCCUAAAUUGGUGACAUGAUAUUUUCAUUGAAGGAAGCUUGAUUCUAUAAAACUUGCAUGGAUUUAAGAUAUAGUUGAAGUGAGUAUGGAUUAGAAGUCAGAUGAAGAAAAGAACUGAGAAAGUGCUGUGAACUCCCUAUGUAUUCCUUUUCUUCAAAAACACUUCUUAGAAAUAACCAGGUGUUUCCAGCAGUUUGAAAUGGGAAGUUUUCAGAAAGCAACAGCAUGCUUGGAUUUUUCAGAGGAGAAAGCAGUCAAAGGAAGGUUAAGAUUUUCCUCUUUAAUAAUCUCUGUACGUAAAAUGUGCUAGGAACUAGGGGAAAAAAUCUGCAAAACUGAAAUAUUAAGGCAAAUCACUGUAAGUGAGAGACAGCCAUUUAUCCUGCAGAAGACCUUCUCAUGACUUGUUAGUGGAACAUGAAAGGUCUUCAAGUUGACUGAGAGACAAAGGUCUUUCCUUGUCUGGCUUACUUACUGAGAGCCCAGAGGGGAUCCAGCUCUGUAGUUGGUGCUGCACGUUACACUUUCAGUAGCAAGUAGUGUAUAAAAGGGAUAGUGGAUUUACUUGCAAGGUGUUUUAAAAGUGUGUGAAGUAUAAAUGCUGGUAUUCCUAGAAGUUGGUUUUCUUUCAUUGUUUGUUUUAAAACCAAGUGUAACAUAUACUUGGAAAUUACAGCAAGAGAAGUGAUAGCUCUCUUCCUCUCUUUUCUUGCCCUAAUUCCUGCAACUUUUCCUUUCUUCUCUUCCCUUAUUUUUGAUACAAACAAGGAAAUUAUGUACCAAAAUGCCAUUAGUACAGUGCUGUAGUUCUGGCUGUGAAAUUGUUGGGAUGGCUGCUGAUGGUUCCACCAACAAUCAGAACCAUGCUGAAUUGCACAUACGUAUAAAGGUAUAUGUAUAUAGGCAUAAAACAUAGAACAUACCAAUGGAUAAUAUUCCUUAUAACACAUUAUGCAUGCUAUGGGAAUCAUCACUUUGAAAAUCUCUACUUCUGUGUGUUUAAAAUCUCUCUUGAAAUGUAACAUUAAUGUGUUUUUUCUUUUGCAUGUAAAUUUCUUCGUGCCCGCUGGUGAUAAAAAUCAGGUCAUGAGUACCAGCUCGGUACCCUUGUGAACUCUGCAUAGCAACCAGUCCUCCUCCCUCUUUUAAUGUUUUUGCAGCAAUAACGGAUAGAAGAAGAAAUAGUUAUUUGUGUGUGUGCAGUGGAUUGAAAACUCUAAAACAGUAAGCUCCCAUUAUGACCGUGUUCCAUCCCAGCGAGUUCCAAAUGAUCUCUGAUAAAUAGUUUUAGAAAAACAGAUUGAAAUGUUGCUUUCGUAGCUUGCAGAUAAAAGUACUUACAUUGUUAUAUUGCUGACCAGAAGGUGUGGGACCAUUCUGCAAUGUAGUGGAAAGCCUUUGGUUCUUGUUCUGCAGUACAAUUUACAGUUCCCAUGCCAAGGCUACAUUUCUAGGCAUCAGGAGUUACUAAAACUUUUAGCUGUGAGGCAACAGACCCCUAGUGUGUGCUGAAGCUGACAUCAGCAAGUUGCCCUGAUCACACAGCAAGCCUGUUGUCUCAUCCUGUGGUGGGAUUCGUGGACUGUCAGCAUCAUCUUCUUGCUCUCUUCCAAUCUCAUCCUUCCUUAAUCAUGUUUACUUAGACUCUCUAAUGUUUGAAUGUUUUAGCUGUUAGCCUUAGUAUGUGAAGCUUUACUGCAUGCCUUAUGUACUAACUUAGAUAGUCUAGAAGGUUGUCUUGAAGCAGGUCCUGCAAGGGUAUGAUUUCUGCUCAGCUCAGGAAGAUGGCUACUGGUCAGUCUUAUUGCUGUCCUUCAAACUUUCUUCUGUCAUCCUCUUUGAAAGAGUCCUGUUGAAACUGAAAGUUUCUGUGGAGCAGCAAGAUAGGAAAUUGGACUCAGCAAUCCCUUGGGGUCUCUUCCAGUCCCUGCAAUUCUGUGAUUGCUUGUAAACAGCAGCAGGGUUUUGUAUUUGAAAUGAUUUUGUUCAGUUUGCUGUAAUUUCAUUUUUCAAUUUUGAGAUGCAGAAACCUUUAGUUAGAUCACUGGCCAGAGUCUGAGACUUUCCCAGGAGUCCAAGCUGCUUAGGUGUCCAACUUUCCUCAAAGAUUAAUGAAUGAUUAAGGGUCUUUAUUAUCCUACUGUAGCAAAAAUCCUGAGUCACAGCCUGGAGCAGUGACUGAUUGAGAUUGAGCACCUGGUGGGAAGGCAGGGCCAACCCGAGGGAGCUCAGGUGCAUGCAGUGUCCCUGAAUGAUUGGAAGGCAGUGGAGCCUGGAUCCAGCUCUUCCCAGACCUCAUUUAAGGGUUGGCAGGAACUGCUGUGAAAGCUUGCUGUUGAGGAUGCUGGAUGAAAUAGAUGAAAAAUAUUUCCUUCAUUAAAGAGGCUGUAAUCCAUUUAAUCUUCUAAUCUAGCUAAGGUUACAAAUUAGAUUUUGAAAUCAUACUUUGAAGAAUUUCCUGAAAUAUUUGAUAGGAGCUCCAGCUUUUCAUUUCAGUAGUUCUGUCUUUGUAUCUGCUGAUCAUCUUGGAUUGAUGCUGGAAGAAUGCACCGUGAGAUAGGGGCUAUUAAAAUCACAGCUUCAAGACUUCCUUCUUAUAAGCCAAGAUGAAGAUUUAAUAAAAGUUGACGAUGAUCCAUCAAACUCUCUGAAGAAGCAGCAUGGAGAUAGGCAUGCUGAACUGCUAAUGGGGACAUGGGACUCAAGUUGUCGUUGAUCAUUUGCGUGGACUUAACUAGCGAAGAGCAACAGAAGACGCUAGGAAGACAGUGGGAAUUAUAGCAGUUUUUCAGGUCACCAAAUCUUGUUAUUUUAAUUUCUGUCUGGAAGAAUGUCUGAGCAAGGUAAAUUGAACCAGGAGACAGCAGAGGAAGCUGCGAAAGAGCAGGAGUCUGCCAUCUCAGAAGCAACCCCAGACAACUGUAUCCUUAAUAAAUCUGAAAGCUCAGAACUAGAGGAGAAAGAGGAAAAACUGAGCGAUGGCAAGACAGAGCUGCAGGUGUUACUGCCAACAAAAAGUUGUUUUGCAAAGCCUAAGAAGAAACGAGGUGCAAACCAGCAGAAAAAGAGAUCUAAGUCAGGAGCUAAGGGAAAGCUCGUCCGGAGUCUUGCUGUGUGUGAGGAGUCAUCCACUCGCCCAGGAGCGGAAACCCUUCACGACAAUCAGGAAUCGAUACAACUACAGCUUUCAAGUUUUCCUAGUUUGCAAGAAGAAGAUAAAACUAAUAAAGAUGACUCCGAGAAAGAAAAAGAGAAAGAUAAAAAUAAAGAGAAAGAUAAAAACAGUGAGAAAAACAAGAUCAGAAUGUUAUCAAAAGAUUGCAGUCAAGAGUAUACAGACUCAACGGGGAUAGAUUUGCAUGAGUUUCUCAUUAACACAUUAAAGAAUAACCCCAGGGACAGGAUGAUACUCUUGAAAAUGGAACAGGAAAUUAUUGAUUUUAUUAGUGACAACAAUAAUCACUAUAAAAAGUUUCCUCAGAUGUCUUCAUAUCAGAGGAUGCUGGUACACAGAGUGGCAGCUUACUUUGGGAUGGAUCACAAUGUGGAUCAAACUGGGAAAUCUGUAAUUAUCAACAAGACCAGCAAUACCAGAAUACCAGAGCAAAGGUUUUCUGAACAUUUAAAAGAUGAAAAAGGUGAAGAAUCCCAGAAGCGAUUUAUCUUGAAGCGAGAUAACUCUAGUAUUGAUAAAGAAGACAAUCAGCAAAACAGAAUUCUUCCAUUUAGAGAUGACAGACGAAGUAAAUCAAUUGAAGAGAGAGAAGAGGAGUAUCAGAGAGUGAGGGAGAGAAUAUUUGCACAAGAUUCAGUUUGCUCCCAGGAAAACCUUUUUGUGGAAAACAGUAGGCUCUUGGAAGACAGUAGCAUAUGCAAUGAUACCCAUAAGAAAAGACAGCUGUUUAGGGGGAACAGAGAUAGCACAGGGAAGGCAUCUGGCAGUCGGCAGAGCAGCACGGAGAAUGAAUUGAAAUGGACAGACCACCAGAGGCCAUGGAGCAGCACAGACUCGGACAGUUCAAAUCGAAAUUUGAAGCCAGCCAUAACAAAGACAGCAAGUUUUGGUGGCAUAACCGUCCUGACAAGAGGAGAUAGCUCAUCAAGUAAUAGAAGUACCGGCAAACUGUCUAAAACAGGUAGCUCAGAGUCUUCCAGCAGUGCUGGCUCCUCAGGAUCCCUGUCACGAAUACAUCAGCCUCUCCAAAGUGCACCUCUUGUCCCCGGGUUGACUGCCAGCAAUUCGGGCAGCGUGUCCUACCCUGAGAACGGGAUGAGUGGCCAGGUGGCUCCCAGCAACACCAGCUAUAUCAUUCUUCCACUUGAAGCUGCAGGGAUACCUCCUGGCAGUAUCCUGCUCAACCCACACACAGGUCAACCCUUUGUAAAUCCUGAUGGGACACCGGCAAUAUACAAUCCUCCCAGCAGCCAGCCGACAAUGAGGAGCCAGAUGGUGGGACAGUCUCAGCAACAGCCUUCAUCCCAGCAGCCUCAGCAGGUUCAACAGCCUCAGCAGCAAAUGGCAAGUCACCUUGUCACACAGCCUGUUCAGGCAAUGCAGCCAUCUUCUCAGUCAGUCCAAUAUCCAGCAGUUUCUUAUCCUCCCCAGCACCUCCUGCCAGUCUCUCCAACGCAGCAGUUUUCUGUGCGAGAUGACAUGACCACCCAGUUUAACCAGAUGAGCUUAAGUCGUCAGUCAUCUGGAGACAACCCCGAAUCGCCUUCUGGUCCUGUCUACCCGUCACCCAUUCUACAGCAGCCUGCCCAGCAGACGGGUUACAUCAUGGCUUCCCCAACUCAACAGCUUCCCCCAGGAGGCUUUACAGGUUCAGGUCCACCAGUGUCCCAGCAAGUGCUGCAGCCACCACCGCCACCCCAGGGCUUUGUGCAACAGCCACCACCACCUGCUCAGAUGCCAGUGUAUUAUUACCCAUCUGGUCAGUACCCUACCUCAACAACUCAGCAGUACAGACCCAUUGCCUCAGUUCAGUACAAUGCACAGCGGAGUCAACAAAUCCCACAGACUGCACAGCAAGCAGGUUACCAGCCUGUCCUGCCGAACCAGCAGCAGGGGUUCCAGGGCCUCAUGGGAAUGCAGCAGCCUCCCCAAAGCCAGAGCCUGAUGAAUAAUCAACAGGGAAACCAGGUGCAAGGCAUGAUGGUGCAGUAUCCAGCCAUGUCGUCUUAUCAGGUGCCAAUGACCCAGGGUUCUCAAGGACUGCCACAACAAUCAUAUCAACAACCAAUCAUGCUACCUAAUCAAUCAGGUCAAGGAACACUUACAGCCACUGGAAUGCCUGUUUACUGUAAUGUCAUACCUCCUGCCCCACAGAACAACCUACGGUUGAUUGCCCCACACUGCCCCUCCAAUAACGUUCCAGUUAUUUCUGCCAGCUGCAGGACAAACUGUGCGAGCAUUAACAAUGCAGGGUGGCAGGUCAAGUACUGACGCUGUGGCCUAGCGCGGAUAUACGAGGAUAGCGGUGCAUUAUCUGACAAAUAUCUCAUGGCCUUCAAAUGAAGAGGAACACAAGAGAAAGAUCAGUUGAGGACAUAAGUACUGACUAUGCUCAAGUGAUUUGCUGCUGGAAAAAUCUGUAAAAAAAUAAAAUAAAAUAAAAUUUUGAAAAAAAAAAUGUUUGCUGGUUAAUGGUGCAUAUUUUUGUCAUGUCUGCUAGGUAUGCCUUUAUAGCUUAGCUAGUGACAUGAAUUCAUUGAGGUAAGAUUUUUUCCUACCACUGAACACCACUGUGUAGAUUGUAAUAUCCCUGAUUCGGAUUAGUUUUGUACUUUGUGUUGAGUUUGUGAAGCUAAAAGUAUUUAAAAAAAUAUAAUAAAAUCACAUUGUACCAAAGCUGUAAUGGAGUUGAAAAAAAAAAAAAAAAACAAAAGCAAGAAUUACUGAAUGGAAGGAAUAAUUUAUAUACACUAUAGAGUUUUUUUUAUGGAUAUAUACUGUAUUGUAGUGUUUAAUCACAAUAAAGCUAUUUGACCUCAUGGAGAAAGGUCAUCUUUCUACCACC